GUUUGAUCAUCAUCAUUGUUAGAGUGACUUUUAAAGGUGUUUGAACGUUAUUUCAGUGUAAUUUCUGUUAUAAACAAAAUAAAAAUAAAUAAUAAAGUAAAGUAAAUAAAUUUAUUUAAACAACAACAAAAAAACAUCAUCAUUAUGCAAAACUUUUUAAAUAAUAAACAAAUUCUACUCAAGUUUUGUUUCUUAAGUCUAUUGAUUAUGGGCUGUGUCGAAAUGCAGGAAAAUGAUUUUAAAUGUUCAAAAUACAAACAAUUGGUAUUUGAGGAAACAAAAACCUUUAGUUACUAUCUGCCUGGUGCUAAUGAAAUAUCUUUUACCGAGGAUCACUGUUCAACUGCUGGAGGUUUUGUUGUGGGUGGUGAAAAUGCUCGUCCUAAAGAAUUUGCUUUUGCGGCCCGUUUGGGUCAUAUGGCUGAGAAUGGAUAUGUUAAUUGGUUUUGUGGUGGUACACUUUUAAGUGAAUCUUUUGUUUUAACAGCGGCUCAUUGUUUUUACGCUUCACUAGGCCAUGUCAAUCGUGUACGCUUAGGCGAAUUAGACUUUGACUCCGAUAGUGACGAUGCUAAACCCGAAGACUUCGCUGUACAACAAUUAAUUGAACAUCCGGAUUAUAAUUAUGGUAAACCCUAUAAUGACAUAGGUUUAGUUAAAUUAUCGUCAAUUGUCAAAUUUGAUCGUUAUAAACAUCCAGCCUGUUUGCCAACAUCGUCUGGUUUACAAAACGCCAAUUCUUUAAUUGCCAUCGGUUGGGGUCAUACAAAGUUUUCGGGUGAAAGUUCAUCUCAUUUACAGAAAGUUACUUUAAGGUCUUACUCUCAUGCAAAGUGUGAUUGGUUAGCGCAAGGAUCAGAAGGUCAAGACCGACUACCAGAGGGACUUAAAUAUUCUCAACUUUGCGCUGGUUCUACUGAAGCAAAAGACACUUGCCAAGGAGAUUCUGGUGGUCCUUUACUGGUGCAACAUACAAAAUAUCCCUGUAUGUUUAAUGUGGUGGGAAUUACUUCGUUUGGUUUUGCUGGUUGUGCCCUGCCCAAUGUACCAGCGAUAUAUACAAAUGUAAAUUUUUAUCUAGAUUGGAUUAGUAAAUAUGUACGUUAAUUGAAUUGAAAUAAAUGUUUGACAAGCAAUGAA